GUCGAAGGCACCCUUUCUGUGCAGCCUCAGGCAAAUCCUGUUAAGGGUUUUGAGGAAUAUUUUCUCAAUUUGACAGUUGAGAACAAUUUACGGAAUCCAUGGUUUGUGGAAUUCUGGGAAGACCAUUUCCAGUGUCGUUAUCCUGGCAGUUCCAGUACCCCGUACAACAAUUAUAAUCGUACGUGUUCCAAAACUGAACGUCUGAGCCGUGAGGACACAGAUUUUGAGGAUCAACUGCAGUUUGUUAGCGAUGCGGUUAUGGCAUUUGCCUAUGCUUUGAGAGAUAUGCAUCGAGAAUUGUGCGGCGGCAAGCCAUCAUUGUGUGAGGCAAUGAAACCAACAAAGGGAGCAGAUUUACUGCGAUUUUUACGUAAAGUGGAAUUUGAGGGCCUCAGUGGUGAUCACUUCCGUUUCGAUAAUAAUGGUGAUGGUCCAGCUCGUUAUAACAUUAUCCACUUUAAACAGAUCAAGGAGGGUCAAUAUAAUUGGGUCAAAGUUGGUGAAUACUAUGAGGGAGAGCUGCGCUUAAAUAUGUCAGAGGUCCAAUUUAAAAUGUUGCAACCCAAACCACCCGAAUCCGUUUGCAGUUUGGAAUGCGAAAGGGGUCAGGCGAAAAAAUAUGUGGAGGGUGAGAGCUGCUGCUGGCAUUGUUUCAAUUGUUCAACCUAUCAG